AUGGCUGAAAAUAGGUUCACAAUUUCAUCAGCUGACUUUGAGUCGAAGAAAAAUGGCAUUCAUAUGGGUGCCAGUAUUAUCUCGCGUCCUUUGCGGUCGUCAGCUGAAACCGCUGAAAGAGGGGGAGGUGGGACCACAACCAAUGCUCAGUCGGACACAUGGUUGCAUGAUGCCGGUUGGAGAAGAAAACGAUCGCUCGCCCAGCUGACGAGGGAAGCCCUACCCAGAUUGGAAAAUUACAGAAACUCUAAAAGAGCGUUAAAAAGGCCAAGUCUUGGAGAGCUGCACGGAGAUCACUUAAUAACAGAAGAGGAUGAGAAAGAACAGCACGCGUCAAGAGAUACAAAGUCACCUACUCCAGCUCAUGGCAUCAAAUUAGGUUGGAUUCAGGGUGUACUGAUACCAUGUCUAUUAAACAUUUGGGGGGUAAUGCUCUUCUUGCGGCUAUCGUGGGUGGUGUCUCAAGCUGGAGUUGGCAUGUCACUCAUCAUCAUUUUGAUAUCGGCCCUAGUAUGCGUCGUCACCACGCUGUCGAUGAGCGCUAUAUGUACAAAUGGAGAAGUGAAAGGAGGUGGCAUCUAUUAUAUUAUAUCAAGGUCUUUGGGUCCUGAAUUUGGAGCAUCAGUUGGAAUAAUUUUUGCAUUCGCGAACGCAGUGGCCGCUAGUAUGAACACCAUAGGCUUUUGCGACUCCAUGAACGAUUUACUGAAGUCCCACGAGUUGAAGAUCAUUGACAACGGGGUGAAUGACGUCAGAAUCAUUGGAGCUGUGGCGUUGCUGGUUAUGUGCAUUAUUUGCGCUGUUGGCAUGGACUGGGAGAGUAAAGCUCAAAAUUUCUUGAUCGCAAUAAUCGUCGGUGCUAUGGUCGACUUUGUGGUUGGUACAGUCAUGGGGCCACGUAGUCAUCAAGAAAUAGCAGAGGGCUUCGUUGGUUUAAGUACUACAACAUUUUCUUCAAACUUCAAACCAGAUUACCGUUUUAGCGAAGGACUAAACGAGGACUUCUUCAGUGUGUUUGCGAUAUUCUUUCCAUCUGUUACUGGAAUUCAGGCAGGAGCUAACAUUUCAGGUGAUCUUAAAGACCCUGCAUCAGCCAUCCCUAAGGGAACUCUACUAGCUCUGCUCAUAUCAAUGGUGAGCUACGCUCUCAUGGUAUUGUUUGCCGGAAGUGGAGCUCUCAGAGAUGCAUCUGGAAACCUCACGGAUUUAGUCGUUAUGAAUGGAACCGUACUUGACUACAGCGGGCUUGGGAGUUGUGUGAUGAACGAUACCUGCAAAUAUGGACUACAUAAUAGCUAUUCAGUAAUGCAGCUAAUGUCAGCAUGGGGCCCAUUUAUUUAUGGUGGUUGCUGGGCGGCAACGCUAUCUACGGCUUUGACGAAUCUACUGUCCGUUCCGCGGUUGAUCCAGGCUUUGGGUUCGGACCGGAUAUAUCCCGGACUAAUUUUCUUCUCCAAGCCAUAUGGCAAGCAUGGCGAGCCCUACCGAGGAUAUGUUCUUACUUUCUUGGUUUCUUUGCUGUUUUUGCUCAUUGCUGACCUGAACACAAUAGCGCCUCUGAUAUCGAACUUCUACUUGGCAUCGUAUGCUCUGAUCAAUUUCUGUACAUUCCACGCUGCGCUGGUUCGCCCGCUCGGCUGGCGACCUACAUUCAGGUACUAUAAUUUGUGGCUCUCGUUGAUCGGAUUCCUGAGCUGCGUAGCGAUCAUGCUGCUAAUCAGCUGGGUGAUGUCUCUCGUCACUUUUGCCAUCUUCUUCACCCUCUACCUCAUCGUGCACUACAGAGAACCCGAUGUAAAUUGGGGUAGCAGCACUCAAGCUCAAAUCUACAAGAAUGCUUUGUCCAGUGCUUACAAUCUAGCUCGUACAGGAGAACACGUAAAAAAUUAUUGGCCUCAAAUGUUGGUGUUGGCUGGCCGACCUCAAACUAGACCUGCGCUGAUAGAUCUUGGCAGUCUCAUUACGAAGUCUGGUGCACUUAUGAUUAUUGGGGAUAUAUCACCGGAAAAGCUGUCCUACAAAGAACGUGCAAGUCGUGCUCGCGCGGAUGAUGACUGGCUCCGUGGGCGCAAGGUACGAGCUUUUUGUGCGCGAGUGCACGGCUUCGGGCGUGAAGAAGGUGCGCGUGCGCUUAUGCAGGCCGUAGGAGUUGGCAAGUUGGCUCCCAAUGUGUUACUCAUGGGCUACAAGCAAGACUGGCCAGAUGCUUCUGCCCAGGAGCUAGUAGCAUACUUCAAUAUCCUACACUCUGCAUUUGAAAGUCGUCUAGCAGUCGCCAUAAUUCGCGUCCAGGGCGGGUUAGACUACGGUGUACUCAGUUCAGAGACGGCACCAGUUAGCUCUCUAACGGGAACGUCGAGCGGUAGUGCAGAUGAACUAAGAGUCAGACGAGAUCCACUCAUUAUGCAUGCUGAUUCUGACCUGGAUAUUAGCAGAGGACCAGGAUCUAGGAACAAUCUAUCCAGUCUAUUGACGUCAUCACGAUCGUUUACAGUCUCAGAAUGUAAUACAAGGGAGAGGAAGAAGAAAGAUAAGAAGUCAAAUGAUAUGCAUAGGCAGAUCGUGUACAAAACCUCUACAGGACUCGAAUUAUCCAAAGAACAGCUUAUACAAAUGAGCAUGUUCCAAAAGAAGCAGGAGGCAGGAACACUGGACGUGUGGUGGUUGUAUGAUGAUGGCGGUCUCACGAUCUUGCUGCCAUACAUUAUCUCUCAGCGCUCCGCCUGGUCUAACUGCAAGCUUCGAAUUUUUGCGCUCGCCAAUCGGCGACACGAGAUGGAACUAGAAGAGAGAAAUAUGGCUAACUUACUAGCGAAGUUCAGGAUAGACUAUUCAUCACUGACAAUGGUGCAAGAUAUCACGGAGACUCCACAGCCUGAAACCACUAAACUGUUCGAAGAUAUAACCAGAAAGUUUACUACUGAAAGCGCUGACGAAGAUUGCCGUAUUAGUGAGACAGAAUUGCUUACGCUGGCUGAGAAGACUAAGCGUCAGUUACGCCUGCGUGAGCUUUUACUUGCCAACUCCAAAGAUUCGAGAUUGGUGGUCAUGUCGCUGCCCAUGCCAAGAAAGGAUUCGGUGUCAGCUCCUCUGUACAUGGCGUGGCUAGAAGUAUUGUCUCGUGACUUACCUCCCAUGCUGUUCGUUCGAGGCAACCACACCUCCGUUUUAACCUUUUAUUCAUAA